AUGCCCUUCAUUACUUUCUCUCCUACGUUCGAGCUUCUUUCUCGUCAUUUCUACGCAAGUCUCUCUCUCUCCAAAACUUUUCCUCUUUUUCACACCCCUUUACACACACACACACACUCUCUCUCUCUCUCUCUCUCUCUCUCUCUCUCUCUCUCUCUAUCUAUCUAUUUUUCUAUCUAUAUGAAACCGUUUAGGUCUCUCUCUCUCCAAAACUUUUCCUCUUUUUUACACCCCUUUUUCACACACACACUCUCAUCUCUCUCUCUCUCUCUCUUUCUCUCUCUCUUUCUCUCUCUCUCUCUCUCAAUAUCUAUGCAUUUUUCUAUUUUUCUUCUUGUUUUCUUUUCCUUUCUUCUUCUUCUUCUUUUUCUCUUUUUUCUUUUUCUUCUUCUUGUAUUCUUUUCUUCUCCUUUUUCUUUUUCUUUUUCUUUUCUUCAUUUCUUCUUCUUUUUACUUCUUUCUUUUUCUUCUUAUUUUCCUUCUCAGUUGUCUUCUUGUUUUCUUUUCCUUUCUUCUACGUCUUUUUCUCUUUUUUCUUUUUAUUCUUCUUUUGGAAUUUUUUUGUUUUCUUUUCCUUUCUUCUUCUUCUUCUUUUUCUUUUUUUUUUUUCUUCUUGUAUUCUUUUUUUUCUUCUCCUUUUUUUUUCUUCUUUCUUUUAUUUCUUCUUCUUUUUACUUUCUUUUUCUUCUUAUUUUCCUUCUCAGUUAUCUUCUUGUUUUCUUUUCCUUUCUUCUUCUUCUUUUUCUCUUUUUUCUUUUUUCUUCUUGUAUUCUUUUUCUUUUCUUCUCCUUUUUAUUUUUCUUUUUCUUUUCUUCAUUUCUUCUUUUUACUUCUUUCUUUUUCUUCUUAUUUUCCUUCUCAGUUUUCUUCGUUUUCUUUUCCUUUCUUUUUCUUCUUCUUUUUCUCUUUUUUCUUUUUCUUCUUCUUGUAUUCUUUUUCUUUUCUUCUCCUUUUUAUUUUUCUUUUUCUUUUCUUCAUUUCUUCUUCUUUUUCUUAUUUUCCUUCUCAGUUGUCUUCUUGUUUUCUUUUCCUUUCUUCUACGUCUUUUUCUCUUUUUUCUUUUUCUUCUUCUUGUAUUCUUUUUCUUUUCUUCUCCUUUUUAUUUUUCUUUUUCUUUUCUUCAUUUCUUCUUCUUUUUACUUCUUUCUUUUUCUUCUUAUUUUCCUUCUCAGUUGUCUUCUUGUUUUCUUUUCCUUUCUUCUACGUCUUUUUCUCUUUUUUCUUCUUCUUGUAUUCUUUUUCUUUUCUUUAUUUUCUUCUUUUUCUUUUUCAUUUCUUCAUUUCUUCUGCUUAUUUUCUUUCUUCAUUUUCUUCGUUUUCUUUGCACCACAUCCAUUCAAGACAUAA